UCUUCUCUUAAAUCCCCACGACGCCAACUCCGACCCUGCCCUUCCUUCCUUUCUUCCUUCAUUCUCUUCCUACAACCCUCCCAUCGCCGUCCCCAUUUUUUUUUUCACUUUCUCCGACCAACAUGAGGGAGAUCAUAAGCAUUCACAUUGGACAGGCUGGAAUUCAGGUUGGCAAUUCUUGUUGGGAGCUCUAUUGCCUUGAACAUGGCAUUCAGCCUGACGGUAUGAUGCCUAGUGAUACCUCCGAAGGUGUUGCACACGACGCUUUUAAUACAUUCUUUAGUGAGACCGGCUCAGGAAAGCAUGUGCCUCGGGCUAUAUUUGUUGAUUUAGAACCAACGGUGAUUGAUGAAGUUAGAACCGGAGCCUACAGGCAGCUCUUUCAUCCGGAGCAAUUGAUAUCUGGAAAAGAAGAUGCUGCCAAUAAUUUUGCUCGAGGACACUACACAGUUGGAAAGGAAAUUGUAGAUCUCUGUCUUGACCGGGUCAGGAAGUUGGCUGAUAACUGCACCGGGUUACAAGGAUUUCUAGUCUUUAAUGCUGUUGGUGGUGGCACUGGUUCUGGUCUGGGUUCGUUGUUGUUAGAGCGCUUGUCAGUAGAUUAUGGGAAAAAAUCAAAGCUCGGUUUCACGAUCUACCCAUCCCCUCAGGUUUCAACUGCUGUCGUGGAGCCUUACAACAGCGUUCUUUCUACCCAUUCUCUUCUUGAGCAUACGGAUGUUGCUGUUCUUCUAGACAAUGAAGCUAUAUACGACAUUUGUAGGAGAUCUCUUGACAUUGAUAGGCCUACAUAUACCAACUUGAAUAGAUUGAUAUCUCAAAUUAUUUCAUCCUUGACCACUUCAUUGAGAUUUGAUGGAGCCAUCAACGUGGACAUAACAGAGUUCCAGACGAACCUUGUACCAUAUCCUCGAAUUCAUUUCAUGCUCUCCUCAUAUGCUCCGGUUAUCUCAGCGGAGAAGGCUUACCACGAACAGCUAUCUGUACCUGAGAUCACAAAUGCAGUUUUUGAGCCUUCGAGCAUGAUGGCUAAAUGUGAUCCUAGGCAUGGAAAAUAUAUGGCUUGUUGCUUAAUGUACCGAGGAGAUGUUGUACCCAAAGAUGUCAAUGCUGCUGUUGCUACCAUUAAGACAAAGCGCACCGUGCAGUUUGUUGACUGGUGUCCAACUGGCUUCAAAUGUGGUAUCAACUACCAGCCUCCAACAGUUGUACCUGGUGGCGAUUUAGCGUUGGUGCAACGAGCUGUUUGCAUGAUCAGCAAUAAUACAGCAGUAGCUGAGGUGUUCUCUCGCAUCGACCAUAAAUUUGACUUGAUGUAUGCGAAGAGAGCAUUCGUUCACUGGUACGUCGGUGAGGGCAUGGAAGAAGGGGAGUUCUCAGAGGCUCGUGAAGAUCUGGCUGCUCUCGAGAAAGACUAUGAAGAAGUUGGUGCUGAAGGUGCGGAUGACGACGACGACCAUGAAGAUUACUAAGUGUGCAUGGUGCUUUUAUCCCCAUAAUUUCUUGUCUAGUGAAAGAAGAGCCUGUCGUUUUCCUUUCUAUAAGCAAUUCUGCUGUCUUGUAGUAAAUUUCGAUUCUGUAUCUUUGUGGCUCUUUGUAUGAAAUCAGGAAUAUUUACGCCAGUGUUUAGACUGAAAUUCUGUAUUGUCUUGAAUUGUGGAUGGAUCAAUAUUAUAAUAGAUAAUUUGUACAUUUUUUUUUUCUAA